UUGGGAUCUGAUCGAGACCGAACCCGGACGCGUCAUGGACUGAUCCGAUGGCAGGAGCGGUGCCCUUAAAGUUUAUGUAACCCCGCCUCGUUUGUCGUGUCUUCUCCCAUUCACCAUCCCCUUCCCGACAUCUGAAGCGGGAGCAUCCAGCACGAUCUACCGUAUCAUUCAUCGAGAGCGGCAACGACCAGCACGGCUCCAACCAAGAUGGCAAUCCUCACCGGCUACCCGGGGCUUGAGGUUACCAUCGAAGUUGAUGGCCAGCGCGCGCAAGAGUACGAUGCCCCCGCAGACGAGGUUGAAGCCCGCGCCAAGGAGAUUGACUUUCACUCAAUUACACAUGUGCCUAUUCAAGAAUCAGGAUCUCCCUAUACCAUCAAAUACAUUGAGGCCAAGCCCGGAAAACCUUUUGUAUUCAAAUUGGAUUCUACCAACUUCUCUAUUCCAAGUCACGAUGGCAAGACACACAUGAUCGAAUACAAAUGUUUUCUGGACGGGAUUCCUACCAGCUUUCGCAGGCUUGCUUGCGGCACCAUGAACAUGAGAGGUUCUUACACGUCUGGUAACAAUGAGUCGGGCUGGAAACGCCACAAGUUCCAGUUUUCUACUCUCGAGUUAGUGGAAGGAGCAGCUGAGACACAAGGAGAUCGGACAAAGGAAUAUGGCACACUUUCAGUCAAGUUAUGGCAUGCCAUUGACUUAUGUCGCACAUCAAUUAGAAUGGCUGUUGAUGACCCCGUUCCUGUUCAGUCUGUCUCCGAGACGGUAUUGAAGGGAAAAUCAGUGGAUAGCAAGGUCCAUUUUAAGUCGGAGCCAUACAUUUCUGCUUCAAAGACAAGCGGCAGGUUUGAUUUCGUUGACCCAGAUCGACGACCAUUUGCGAUCUUCGAGUUCAGAUACCGAACAAUGGAGGGCCUUAUGUCCGAGGGCAUCGUUCCGCGCCCUGUCAAGAAUGAGGACGACAAAGUCAUUGAUCUCGAAGAUGCGCACCAGGUGAGCCACUCCAACUCUAGUAGCCAAGUUUGCCGGUAUUUACGGAGUACUUGA